GCGAAAGACAGACAAAAUAAACAAAAGUGUACUACCUUAUUGUUGAUCAUCCUCGAGACACAUGCGCUAUAAAGAAGACUGUCAAAUAACAUUUAAAAAUAACAUAUUCCAAAAGACAUUAUUUGAGUCACAGUGAAAAAAUGAGUUUAUGUUUGUUCAAUUGUGUAAGAAAACAGAAUAUCAGUGUUUACGGAAGUCCAUUUUCUGCCACAAAAAGUAAAAAAAACCCUGAAAAGUUAGGGUAAAUCCUCGGUCAAAAUUAUAUAAGCUAGCUAACCGUCAAAGUGUAGACAUUAGAAACACUUGAAUGUUGACUCUCAGAGUUAAAGCCAUAUCGGACGUUAAAAUUUUGACAUUGUGAGACAAAUAUAUGAGAUAGUACAGUACAGAUAAAACGUGAGUGUUGCUUUGAGCUUAAUGCAAACGUUGACAUGCUGACAUGCUGAUGUUAAACAGCCCAUUGUUUGGUAGAAGGUAUGUGUGGUACAUGCAGGUGUGUGGCAGUGGGAGUGAUGCUGGGAAACGUGGGAAACUCCUCUCACAUUCCCAGGACUGAUAAAUAUUCACUCCCUGCUUGGCCUGUCUGGGCUCAGAGUCACCAUGAUCCUGCAGCAGUGGCAGCUGAUUUUGGCUUUAGAAUGCAUCCUUCUAUGUAUCUCCAACCAGUCUUUGAUUCAGAAGAGACAGUGUGCAUUCCAAGUGAAUCCACAGAACCCACAAAACAACAUAUAUACAACCGCUGGCAAUGUGAGCGGCUCGGUGCAGUUCUGCGAGAACACCUACUGCUGUGUGGGCUAUUUUCUUAUCAACAAUAGCCAGCCAGAGGUUGAUCUUCUUGCUUGUGAUAUCGUUGAAAAGUCUUGCCCGGAUGCAACCUGCAGGCCACAAACACGCUUCAGCAAUCAUGUUAUUAAGUGUGUGUGCCACACAGACCUCUGCAAUAGCAACAUCACCUGGACCCCAGAGCUGGAAGAGCCUCCACUCGCUUCUGUAGAGACGGCAACUGCAGUGAUUCUGUUUGGACAUUUGGUAGUCCUGAUCUUUGUCGUACUCCUGGUCGUUGCUGUGAAAUGGAGAAACCUCUUUCAAGAUAAUUACUUUCACUUGGAGGAGAGCCAACAAGCCUCCCUUCAUGACUCCCAUGUCUCACCACUGUGUUCCUGCCAAACAACAAAAGCCUCAGAGAUUGACAUUGCUAACAUUGAACUACAGCGGAUUGUGGCUAAUGGGCAUUUUGCCACCGUUUGGCAGGGGAAAUACAAGGGAUCCAUGGUGGCCGUGAAGGUUAUCCCUGCAAGAUGGAAACAUCAAUUUACCACAGAGAAGGAGGUUUAUGAACUCCCAUUGAUGAAGCAUGCUGGGAUUGUCCACUUCCUGGGCACUGGGAGGAAACCAUAUGGAGACAGUUGGCUCACAGUCCUGGAAUUUGCUGAAUAUGGUUCUCUCCACUCCUUUUUGUGCAAGCACACCACCAGCUGGAUGUUGUCACUGAAGCUGUGCCAGUCUUUAUCACAGGGACUUUCCUAUCUCCACUCUGACCUUCACAGCAAUGAUGUGCAUAAACCUCCUGUGGCCCACAGAGACCUCAGCAGUUUCAAUGUGCUUAUGAGAGCAGAUGGUACCUGUGCUCUGAGUGAUUUUGGUUGUUCCACCAUCCUACGUUCAUGUUCCGGACCUCGGCGGCGGCAGAGCUGCACAAGAAACACAGUGAUUUCUGUCCGUCUGCAGGGUCACGCUCAGGUAGGCACAUUGUGCUACAUGUCCCCUGAGAUCCUGGAAGGCUCUGUAAACCUACACAGCGGCUGGUGUCUGCAAGGGGACGUCUAUGCUUUGGGACUGCUGCUGUGGGAGAUUUGGAUGCGCUGCUCUGAUUUAUUUGAAGGCCAUAUUGUUCCACAGCAUCUCAUGCCUUAUGAAUCUGAGCUGGGGGCCAGUAUGACCCUGGGGAGCCUCACCUGGUACGUGUUUCACAUGGAAAAGAGACCUUCCAUACCAGAACACUGGGAACUGCUACCACAGGGAUCUGUGCUGCAGGAGCUACUGACAGAUUGUUGGGACAGUGACCCGGAUGCCCGGCUGACAGCUUGGUGUGUUGCGGACAGAUUAGUCUCCCUUCAGUCUUGUCACUCAUUAUGACUUUUUUUGUUUCAACUUGUCCCGUAGCCAACAUAUCAAGCACUUGCAAUGUUUUCUUUGAGUUACUACUAGAGCUGCAACAAUUAGUCGAUUAAUCGAUUAGUUGCCAGCUAUUUUGAUAACCAAUUAAUCAUUUUGAGUCAUUUUUUAAGAAAAAAUGUCCAAAUUACUCUGGUUCCAGCUUCUCAAAUGUGAAUAUUUUCUGGCUUCCUUAGUCCUAUAUGACAGUAAGAGUAUCUUUAGGAUUUAUUGACCAAAUAACAAAUCGAUUAAUUGAGAAAAUAAUUGACAGAUCAUUCGAUAAUGAAUAUAAUCGUUAAUUGCAGCCCUAGUCACUACUUUUAGCCUUUCAUAAUAUUUUCAUCAGGUUGAAUUUUAUAGGUAAGCCUCUUGACUUAAACAGGUUUCCAUUACAUGCUGUCUUUCUUUUAUAUACUUACAACAGGUUAUAUUAUAGAAAAAUUGAAAAGUGUGUCCAUAUUGACAUAAUGCAAAUGAUUAUUUUUCAAAGAGAAUGAAAAGAAAUGUUAUUUCUUCAUUCUCAACAACAGGGUGGGGUUUGUUUGGAUUGUUUGCUUGUGUGUCUAAUUUUAUAUAACUGUCAUAUAUGAUCUAGGUUUUGUAUUGAAAUAAUAAUCAUUUUUUAAAAAGAUAUUUACAAUGACUAGUUACUCUUAAAGUGAUGUGGCUUUUUGACAGCACACAUUUUGACUUGUAGCAGCAAAAUCACAGCUGGUGCUAACACUGUUAAUAACCGCUCUGUAAGAUUUAUAUGUUCCAGUAAGCCAAGCCAUUUUUUUUACAGAAGACAUUUCAACCUGUCACAAUAAGAACAGCACAGGUGUAAAUAAUAAAAUUAAUGGCCAAAUUCAAUUUAGGUGCUUCGGUUUCUUGCUGUCAUACUGUCAUUGUUUACUGGGACAUUUUAAUAGAGCAUGGCCAUCGUUAAUUUCAUGAGUAACACCUGUGCUUUUCCUACUAUGACUCAAAAUGUCUGUUGUGAAAAAGGCUUAUUGGCUAAAAAAAAAUGCACAAUGAUUGGUUUGGUUGAGUAAGUGAGUUAUUUUUGUCAACAUCUUUGGUGUUUUUUUGUCAAAAUGAAGUUGAAUAAAUCUCUAGAAAG